GGCCACGGGGCUCCAAGGUCCGUCCCCUCUCUGGGGGCGGAGCCCACGACGAACGGGGGCUGGGCCCUCGCCCCUACCCCACGUGGCGGGGAGUGGUGCCGGCAGUGCCGGGGUGGGAGUUCCAACGUGUGGCGCUGGGUAGCCGACUUUGGUCCCCUCUGCUCUCCAAGCCUGUGCGUCUGAACCCGCGGUGAUGCCGAAGAUCAAGUCGGGGACGAGCGGUCGCCGCCGCGAGCGGCUCAAAGAGAGCCGGGAGCUGAAGAGCGCGGGAGGACUCAUGUUCAACACGGGGAUUGGGCAGCACAUUUUGAAAAAUCCUCUCAUUGUUAACAGCAUUAUCGAUAAGGCUGCCUUAAGACCAACGGACGUGGUGCUGGAAGUUGGACCUGGAACUGGCAAUAUGACUGUAAAGUUGCUAGAAAAGGCAAAAACGGUAAUUGCCUGUGAACUUGACCCAAGGCUAGUAGCAGAACUUCACAAAAGAGUUCAGGGCACGCCUCUGGCCAGCAAACUUCAGGUACUGGUGGGUGAUGUGUUGAAAACAGAUCUACCAUUCUUUGAUGCUUGUGUGGCAAAUUUGCCAUAUCAGAUCUCUUCCCCCUUUGUCUUCAAGCUGUUGCUGCACCGACCUUUUUUCAGAUGUGCUGUACUUAUGUUUCAAAGAGAAUUUGCUCUCAGACUAGUUGCAAAGCCUGGAGAUAAAUUAUACUGCAGACUCUCAAUCAAUACACAGCUGUUAGCACGUGUGGACCAUCUGAUGAAAGUUGGAAAGAAUAACUUCAGGCCACCACCCAAGGUAGAAUCCAGUGUUGUAAGAAUAGAACCUAAGAAUCCACCACCACCUAUCAAUUUUCAGGAAUGGGAUGGCCUAGUAAGGAUCACCUUCGUUAGGAAAAACAAGACACUCUCUGCUGCAUUUAAGUCAAGCGCAGUACAACAGCUGUUGGAAAAAAACUACAGAAUUCACUGUUCGAUCCAUAAUAUUAUAAUACCAGAAGAUUUCAGCAUAGCAGAUAAAAUACAGCAAAUCCUAACCAGCACAGGUUUUAGUGACAAGCGGGCCCGUUCCAUGGACAUAGAUGACUUCAUCAGAUUGCUACAUGGAUUCAAUGCAGAAGGUAUACAUUUUUCUUAGGUGUCUGGAAAACAGAAGUUUCCAAACUCAAGAACAAGAAACUGGAAUUACGUAUUUUUAAUAAUUUGAGAAGAUGAACUAUGCCUUUGCUUCCCUGGAACACUAUGUGCUUGACUAGUUUUGACUUAAUACUACUACUGUCACCAUUUAUUACUCUGAAUUCUCAUGGUAGUAAGUCAGUCAAUUCUAAGUACCCGAGUGUUUUUUGGUUGUGGUGUGUUUUUAAUAUCUAACAUAGGGCAGGGUCCAAUCUACGCAUGAUAAUCUUGAAGAGCCGCAGGCACGCACAACUUUACACUUAAACUUACCAUUUCUAACAGGUUAUUGUAUAAAGAUGUUACUGUUCUAUUUUCUGUUAUAUAUUAUAUGAGGACCUGUGUAGGCCUUUGCCCCUCAAAUAGUAAAAAAGUUAAAACAUGCUUAACUCAGUCACAUAUUUCCCAUACGAUUUCUUUUUAUUCAUGUGCACAAUAAAACAACUGCUUAUUUUGCUUC